UACAGGGUCCCUCACGUCUUCCAGAGCACCAGUGUGCGCAUGUGGAAUGUGGUGCAGUUUGGGGGGGUGUCCGGUUGGGAGGGAGGAUCUGAUUCCUGUUUCCUGCCCCUACUCACUCAGCCCUGGGAGGUGACUGAGAGUGGAGAGGACUCAAGGGGGAUGACUCCUGCAUACUAUCUCACUCCUUCCAAGAGAUCAGAGGAAGAUGUCAGCCCAGUCUCUUCCAGCAGCAACUCCCCCUACCCAGAAACCCCCUCGGAUCAUCCGCCCCCGCCCCCCUUCACGCCCCCGGGCUGCCCAGUCCCCAGGGCCCCCCCACAAUGGUUCUCCACAAGAAUCUUCCCUCACCUCCAAUGAUGCAGCUACCCCAAUGUGCACUCCCAUUUUCUGGGAGCCCCCGGUCUCAUCCCUCAAGCCCCCUGCCCUUCUUCCCCCUUCAGCUUCUAAAGUCAGCCUUGACUCCCAGGCUUCCCCAGAUUCACCUUCUAGCACCCCCAGUCCAGUGUCCCGGCGCUCCAUCUCCCCAGAGCCGGCUCCCCGAUCUCCAGUCCCCCCACCCAAACCCUCAGGGUCACCCCACACAACUCAGCCCCAAGUCUUGGCUCCCGAUAGCUCUUCCUCAGUCUCCUCCUCAGCCCCCGGCACUGUGCGGAGACUGGCUGGCAAGUUUGAGUGGGGGACUGAAGGCAGAGUGCAGGCUGUGGAUGCCCUGGAGCCCGGGCCUCAAGGGGCAGUGGAUGUGAAUGGGGAGAGAGAGAGUCCGCAGGGCAUCCUCAAUGGGAGUGGGUCUCAGGAUAACGGGCCUCCUGAUGCUGCCCUGGUCUGCCCUCCCUCCUGCCCUUGUGUCUGCCAUGUAGCUCGGCCUGGCCAGGAGCUCCGAUGGGUGCCUGUGGGGGGCUAUGAGGACAUCCCCAGGACUCUCUGUCGGGCCUCCCCACUUCGAGCCUCCCGCUCACGGCCCAAUCCUCCAAUUGUCAGUAAGCCCUCAGUUGUUCUCACAUCCUAUCGUUCUACUGCUGAGCGCAAACUCCUGCCACCCCUAAAACCCCCCAAACCAACUCGAGUCAGGCAGGAUACCAUCAUCUCUGAGGACCACCCACUGCCAGAUCUCGAUCUGCCCUCCGAAGAUGGAAUCAAAACAGGGGACAGUCCUCGUGAAAUUCCUCGGAAUGCUCCUCCAGCAACCAUGGAGGGAAGGGAGGAGGAAGGGCUGGAGCUGUUGAAAGAGCAAAACUGGGAGUUACCCCUGCAGGAUGAACCCCUGUACCAGACCUACAGAGCUGCUGUGCUGUCAGAGGAGCUAUGGGGGGUCAGUGAGGAUGGGGGUCCCUCUCCAGCAAUUCCUGGGGAUGCGCCCACCUUCUCACGGCCCCCUGGACCUCGAAACACACUAUGGCAGGAACUUCCGGCUGUGCGAGCCAGUGGCCUCCUGGAUACCCUCAGUCCAGAGGAGAGACGCAUGCAGGAGAGCCUGUUUGAGGUGGUGACAUCUGAGGCCUCCUACCUGCGCUCCCUGCGGUUGCUGACAGACACCUUUGUGCUGAGCCAGGCUCUCCGGGACACGCUUACCCCCCGGGAUCACCACACCCUCUUUUCCAAUGUGCAGCGAGUCCAGGGAGUCAGCGAGCGGUUCCUAGGGACAUUGCUGUCCCGAGUACGCUCUUCCCCCCACAUCAGCGACCUGUGUGAUGUGGUGCAUGACCACGCCAUGGGGCCUUUCUCGGUGUAUGUGGACUAUGUGCGAAACCAGCAGUAUCAGGAGGAGACCUACAGCCGCCUCAUGGACACGAAUGUGCGCUUUUCUGCGGAGCUGCGGAGGCUGCAGAGCCUCCCGAAGUGUGAGCGGCUCCCUCUGCCGUCCUUCCUGCUGCUACCCUUCCAGCGCAUUACCCGGCUCCGCAUGCUGCUGCAGAAUAUCCUGCGCCAGACAGAGGAGGGGUCCAGCCGCCAGGAAAAUGCCCAGAAGGCCCUGGGUGCUAUCAGCAAGAUCAUUGAGCGUUGCAGUGCCGAGGUGGGGCGCAUGAAACAGACAGAGGAGCUGAUCCGGCUCACGCAGAGGCUACGCUUCCACAAAGUCAAGGCCUUGCCCCUGGUCUCCUGGUCAAGGCGCCUGGAAUUGCAAGGGGAGCUGACUGAAUUAGGGUGCCGGAGAGGAGGCGUGCUUUUCACUUCACGUCCUCGAUUUACCCCCCUCUGCCUGCUGCUCUUUAGUGACCUGUUGCUCAUCACCCAACCCAAGAGUGGGCAGCGACUACACGUUCUGGACUAUGCUCAUCGUUCCCUGGUCCAGGCUCAGCAGGUUCCAGACCCAUCUGGACCCCCUACUUUCCGCCUCUCCCUUCUCAGCAACCACCAGGGCCGCCCCACCCACCGGUUACUCCAGGCUUCAUCCCUAUCAGACAUGCAGCGCUGGCUGGGAGCCUUCCCUACCCCAGGUCCCCUUCCCUGCUCCCCAGACACCAUCUAUGAGGACUGUGCAGAUUGUUCCCAGGAACUGUGUUCAGAGUCUUCAACACCAGUCAAGACAGAGGCACAGAAUCUGGAAUCCAGGGCUCCCUUCAAACACUUGCACAAGAGCCCUGAAGGCUGGCUGAAAGGACUUCCUGGGGCCUUCCCUGCCCAGUUGGUGUGUGAAGUCACAGGGGAACAUGAAAGGAGGAAGCACCUUCGCAAGCACCAGAAGCUUCUUGAGGCUGUUGGGCCCUCUUCAGACACCCCCAGUGCCCCCCCACCUUAAUGGAGCCUGGGGAGGAGGCACAGGUUGGGACAGCUGGCAGCUGGCUGUGGAGAGGACAGAACCCAUUCAUCCACUGGAAUCGCUGUCAGUGGAAACGCUACCUCUAAUGGCAACCAACAGGGAACAAACUUCAGGACAGGGCAGCCAAUGAAAAUGGGGCCGUCGGAGCUCACACAUCAGAGAGAAUGAGGAUGGCUUGAGUUUGUUGCCAGUGGAGACAAAUUUAGAACAGAGCAGCCAAUGGGUGCUGAGCUGACUGAGCCCUUGGCCAAUGAGCAUCCCUGCUAUGCUCAUAGCUAAGGAAGAGGAAGCUAGAUCAACGCAGCUAAAAAAGACUGGGUUGCAGAUAAAAGUCCUAGAACAAAAGAGCCAACAGUAGUGAACAGGGACCCGUGCAGUCAAAAGAGGGGUCCAAGAGAUCUCGUGACCCUGCUUGGUUCUAUAGCAAUGAUGGAUCCUGCCUUUUGAGUCUGGGAAGUGUUAAAUUCUAUUCCUGGGGUGCCUCCUGUGCCCUCUCAAGCUACUUCUCUUCUAGAAGAAUCCACAGUGUGUGUCUCAGAGGAUCUGUUUGUCUUAGUUCACAUGUCAGGAAGGUGAUUCUGUUGAACUUGGUGUGUGUGCAUGGUUUUUCUCCCCUCCCAGAUGAUUUCUUUCCUACCCCUCAUUUUUCCUAUUCCUUUCUCCAAGGAGCACACUGACUGAGCUCCAGAGGACAACGUGCUUGGUGUGGCUUGGCAGUCAGAAGCCAGAGCUGGGGAUGAGAGCCCUAGGUUUUGGGUCUCUUUGAGGCCAGUGUUCCAUGACAGUGGAGGAUAAUGUUAUGGUACAGUCAAGCUGCCUGGCAGAGUAGCCCAAGGGACUAAAGAUGGCCAACAGCUGGGGCCUGAGGCUCCUGGAAGUUUUCAGGCCCUUCUCCUUGCCCCACAGUUUGGCCUCCAUGAUCUCUGUCUGCAGACCCUCUGACCUGAGCUAUAAUCAGUCAUCUAGCCUCAGCUCUGGGCUUCGGAUUGGCUCUGGGUCCCAGGUUCAGGUGAAGAAAUGAGAGUUCUGGAUCAUGAGUUGGCUGGUGAGCUAGGCCUGAGCUUUCUUGCCUUUACCCCGGUCCUGUCACAGAAACACUGGGCCAGGAAGUGGGGAGAGAAAGGAGAGCCAGUGCUGCUGUCCAACUCCAUCUAAAGCACCUGCUUCAAGAUGAGAAACUGCUCAGGUGAGAGAUGCAGACAGGGCAGAGCAGACAGUGAGGAGGGCCCCAAGCAUCCCAUGCUAGGUCAUCACACCUCUUCUUCUGCUCAUACAUGGCAACUUGCCCAGGAUAGAAACUGCCACACUGACCUCAGGAGGUGCAGAAACUCUGAAAGAGGGAGCAAAGCAUUGGCAUUUGGCAUGUUCAUGACUUUGGAGAUUCACUGGCAAAUGAAAAACCUUCAAUAAAUGUUGGUGGAACUAUAUUGAGGCUCUCCAGGGGACUGUGUACUUAAAGGUGGUUUCCAAAUAUGGUUCCCAAAUGGGUGGGGCUGGUUGGAAAAUUAUUCUUUGAGAUUAGGGCUGGGUUCUGCUGGGAACCGAGGGUUGUAGAUCAGCUGCAAGACAUGAAUGUGUUGGAUCACACAUAGCUCAAGGCCUAAGAAUCUGGCAGUGGCGAGUUUGGAGAUGCUGGGGUGUAGGGCUACUGCAGGUUGGAGAAAAAGACAGGGCAGGGCCACCUACAGCUGGGGCUCCAGGUUGCAGUUGUACCGAGAAGACAAAAAAUAAAUAAAUAAAAAGACAGCAGCAAUAAAGUUUCUCUACAGAUCAGUCAAAUAUCUCUAUAUUUAAUUCAGUUCAGUUCUAGACCUAUUUAUUAUUAAGAGUCUUAUGCUCUACUGACUGAGCUAGCCAGGCUUUACACCUAUUUAUUGAGUGUUUUCUAUGUGCCAGGCUCUCUGUAUCUGAGAAGAAAAAGACAAGGGAUUUGCCCUCCAGGAGUCUAUAUUCUAGGUUGGGGCGCAGAUGGGGAGAAUAAUUACCAAGUAAACAAGUUAAUAAGAACAUAGGACCUCCCCUGGUGGCGCAGCGGUUGAGUGCUGGGCUGUGAGGUUGCCCGCAGCCUCUGCAGUGCCGGUUUGUUCCCCGGCUGCAGGCGAGGGUCCCACAAAAAAAAAAAAAAAAAAAAGAACAUAAAGUCAAGUAGCAAUAAGUGUUAUGUAGAAAAUUCAGCAAGGGCUGUGAUAGUGUGUGUGUGUGUGUAUUUAGGUGGAAGUGAUGUUUGAGUUGAGACCCAAAUGACAAGAAGGAAGUGGCCCUGGGAAGACCGGUGCUAAGAGUAUUCUGGGCAGGGGGUGAAGGGAAGUGUGGGUGACAAGAAGGGAACUGAAGCCCAGGAAGAGAAUAUAGUGGUAGUGAGAGGGACCUGGCACUUGUGCUCCUUCAAGGUUCCUGGUGGGGAGAGCCAGACUCCUCUGUGCUCCCUUCUCCCUCAGAGAAAGAGAGAGACAGACAGACACUCAGAGGCAGACACAAAGCUUUGCAUGUAUCCUAUAAAUAUUCCUCCCAGCUCCUCACCCCUUCCCCAAGUCCUGUUACUUAGGAAGCACCAGCUACAAUCCAUAUGUUCUAAUAGUGGGAUAAUAGGGAGAUGAAGUCUAAAUAAGAAUCGUUUGGAGGACAGAAAGGCACAUAAAAUACAACCACAUGUUCCGAAAGUGACUGAAAAAAUGGAGGGAGGGAGACAUCCAUAUUUCUGUUACCAUAGAUACCCCUUUCCAUCUUGGGGUGAUUUGAGUAUUUGUGUGAAGUCCUGGAGGGGUCUGCGUUCUGGGAGCCUGUCUGAGAGGGCCCAGGAGCAUGAAGCAGCUAUCAGUUUUACAUAGACGCAUGCUGGGGAGGUGAAAGACAUGAACAUUUUCCUUCCUUCCUUCCUCUCUCUCUCUUUCUCUUUCUCUUUCUUUUCUUUCAGAUUUAUUUAUUUAUACAAGAACUGGGGUACAGGCCAGAGGCACGGGAGGGUGAGAGAAUUCACCAGAGACAGAGCGGGGAGCAGAACAGGCAGACACUUCUGAGGGGAGCAGCGGGCGAGACAGGAGAGGUCUGCUGCACCAUGUGGGUAUCUCCAUGGCCUGCCAGGAAUCGAACCCAUGCUGCAGAGGCUGCGGACAGCCCCACAGCCCUGCCCUCAACCUGUUGUGUCACUGAGGAGUCCCGAGAUGAACAUUUUCAUAGGGUUUGGAAAGGCCUGGUUCCAGAAGUGCCUGUCGGGGCAGGGUGGGGAAGCUGUGUCCACUUUGGGAGUCUCUCUGAGGAUGUGCUCCUCUAGUCACAGCCCUGUUCUUCUUAUUUGUAGCCACCAUAUUUGGGGAGCUGAUGAUAAAACACGGCACUGAUCCUGCUUUGCCCUUCUACAAAGCGUGGCUUCCCCAAGCUAGGUCAUCACACCUUAGCUGCGAGGUGUUGCACUUGUGACCACAAGCAACCGUAGAUGUGAAGAACACCCUUUCUCCAACAAACCUGCUCCCUUGCUCUGCCCUGUCUUGCCCCACGCCUCCAGCCCACUUCCUGUGAUCCUUUCCAGAGCCCUUCAGCUUGGCGCACUGUCCAUUCCUGAAAAUCUCUUCUCCUUCCUUCUGGGGUUCAACUUUCUUUUCAUCUGCUGGUUCCAGGUCAGGGCUGGCCGCUUCACCAAGGGAGAACCUUCCAGCCCACAGCAACCCGACAGUUCCUCAAGGUAGACAAAGUUGAGCAAAGGGACAGAGCCCCAAGAAUUUACCCUUUUAACCAACCAGGCUGCCCACCACGCUCGGGUGCGUGGCCAGACUCCUCCCAGUCCGUGUUUUCGGGACUGGCUCUGCCUCCAGAGGGGACUGCUCCCCUCCGGGGCAGUCCUCUCUCUAGCUCCCGCAGUCGCCCGGACACCCAGUCACCGCUGAAUUUUGUACCCUUUAGCUGGUUGGGUGGCGGGGGAGCCUACUGGAUCCCCUCGAGGCUCACUCCUGAGCAUCAGAGGAGGGGUUGGCAGUUUCCUUGGGUCGCGAUUACACACCUGUCAGGGUGAACCUUCUACCAAUGCUAAAGCUCAAGCUGCUCUGCCCGGACUCACUGACUUUGGGACUUUGGGGCCCCAACCUCUCUUCCUUGCCCUAAUUUCCUUUUUUUCGCCUCCAUUUCCACUUAUCCCCCAGCCCCCUGCAAUUACCUUUUCCUUCACUUGCGAAGUCUUUCCCCAUGCUUGGAAAUCUGAAGAUGCCUUCUGUGGGAAGGGUUGAAUCCAAAUUUUGAGGGGUCCUUUUAAAGAAAAAGAAUACAAACUAUGUCAACUCUUUCUGCCCGUUUGUGUCUGUGCAAGCAUCUUUUUUCCCCCUUUUUUAAAUUAAUAAACUUGCUCUUCUGGAUAUAUACAAAAGUACAAAAUA